AUGUACUACAAAUCAAAGAGAAAGCCGUAUUCCAACUACAACAGCAGCAACUCCUUCAGUGCUCCAGCUUCUGCCGGCACAGCUCCCGGCGCUGGUGGGCAAUCGUUUGAUUUUGAUUUGGGCAAAAGAAAGAGAAUCAAUGUCAGACAGUUCAAUUCUCACAAUUUGGUCGAUAUCAGGGAGUACUACAACGACAAAAACACCGAUGAAUUCAAACCAGGCAAAAAGGGAAUCUCCUUGAGCGAAGAUGUCUGGAUAUCAUUGUUGGAGCAACAGGACCAAAUCACUGAUGCUUUGGAAAAACUAUCUGGCAAGAAGUUUCCCAGAUUCACUGGAAACAGCUUUUCCAGCAAAGGCUUUCUCAAUGAAGAGAACGAAGGCAGUUCUGGUGAUAGAUACCACAGUGAUGACAAACAACUCGAUCAUCCUGCUAACGAGAGAAAGACCAAGAAACGAAAAAUCAGAGAGGUAAAAGAGAUUGCUGACAACGCUUCAUCAGAUAAGACCUUUGAGAAGCACGAAAGUGAUAACGAUCACAAUGACUCAGGUGUUGAAUCAAAGUUAAAUGACGAAGAAAUUGAUGGUAUACUCAACAAUCGAUCCGAUGUCAGUGAAGAAGAAUAA